GUGUUUGUGACUCAUCGGGGAUAAGCGGGGAAAGUCCACUGUACUUUCGAUAUACAAAGUAUUGUAGACGAGAUUGUCAUCGCUGCGAUUGUGAUGGGUUUUCGGAGGGUGCAUGUUUCCGAGAAGGCAUAGAGGCACAUAUAAAGCCAUACUGUUGGCAGUGAUGUGAUGAGCCUGCGUCCCUGAGACGAGGGAAUUAUCAUCCAUAGCCAUAUUGUGGCGGGAUCUCCAUAUCCCCAUCUGAACAAACAGAAUAAAUCCCAUGAAGCCCCCCCAAAAAAAUUCGUCGUCAUUCCAUUGACGUGAUACCGCUGUAGCAGGUACAGGAAAUAAAGACGUUGGAUGCUCUCUUAGAGCUAGGUGUACUGCAUGAGGAUUUCUGAUUACAUAAAAAGCAUGCGUGCACCAGUACUGAUCCUGGUUUUGCUUAUCUGUAUAUCCUGUUUGAGAGCGGAAGGGCACACGACCCACUGCGACCCACCCCAUCACCCUCCCCCUUGUGAAAAGUGUGAGGAAAAUCAGUGGUACGGCGAGAAUUGUACUAAGGCAUGCAGUUCGGGAUGUUACGAACAACUCUGUAACAAGACGACUGGCAGAUGCGAGUCGUGUAAAGCUGGCUACCGCUCUUUUAACUGUACGCUGGAAUGUCCACCCAACUGUCUGAAUGAUCCAGACAAGCCAGCCAAAUGUGACCAGAACACAGCACAUUGCACCAAUUGUCAACCAACAUGGUGGGGGUUGAACUGCGCGAACAAAUGUGAUAGCAACUGUAAGGACGGAGUUUGUGACUUUGAACGUGGACACUGUCACGAAUGUAAAGUUGGUGAAAGGGGUGAUAAGUGUUCGGAAGAUUGUCCGAAGGGAUGCUGGCUCAAUGAAUGUCGCCGAGACAACAUGACUUGCACUUGCACCAACGGCACCUGCAUCAUCAGAAACAGCAACAGCAGCAACAGUGACAGGAUUACUGGUUCAGAUGAUCCGAUUUCUCAAAUAGUGGUGCCUAUUGUCCUAUCUAUUGUGAUUGUGCUUGUCGUGUUGGUUAUCUGCAAGAUCCGAUCUAAAAUCUUCAGGCUAUGUCGACCCUCCAGGCCACUUAGUGACGAAGCUGAUACUUGUUUGAGGGCAUAAAUGACGAAAGAUGCUGCUUUCUUGCAUAUUACUGACAGGUUUGCAAAAAAUCGAAUGAAAACUAAAUCACCUGCAUCAUGGUGAAAUAAUGUUAGGGAGACCGGUUGGUAUAUGCAGGGUGUUUUCUUACUUCAUCGUGUUUAAGAGGAUGCAGAACGUUUUGGAGACGAGGAUGGAUGUGAAAGAAGCAAGACUAGUGUUUUCAGCAGCUUGGCGACAUCUAUAUAUGAAACAUUAGGUCAUCUGUCUUUAAGAAGAGUGUUGUUUUCUGCUGAAUUUGACGGGUACACGACAACAUUGUGUGUUAUUGAUAUAUAUGUCAAUUUGUUUCAUUUUUAUUUCUCCAAUAAUAUGUAGAUGAAUAUGUUAUGGUAAUUGUGACUUUUUAUUGGCCGUUUUGACCUUUUCUUAUUGGUCCUUUUACAUUUCUUGUUGGCCGUUUUUCAUCAUGUCCGUUGUCACGUGGCCAUGUGUUGUUACUUCAAUUUAGUUGUUAUAAAAACUUCCAGAUUUUGUAUGACAUAAUUAUAAUAUAUAUAUAAGUUUCUGAAUGCACAUCUGGCAGCCAAAACAUGCCUUGUGUCCGCUUUAACCCGUCUCCACUGUUUCGGAAGUGUGUUAUUAUAUACAGCGUCAUACUGACCGUUACCUCAUAAAGAAAAGUACGUUUUUUAGUGUGAGUGAGUUGGGUUUAACGCCGCUUUUAACAGUAUUCCAGUUAUAUCGCGGCGUGUCAGCUUAAUGUGGGAGGAAAGCCCGAAGUGAUGCAGGUCUCAGACGUUUUAUACGGGUAUGGUGCUGGCAAACCUAGAAACAUAAUCGGGGCGAACCGGGAAUCGAACCCACAAUCAUAGGUUUCUAGCGUGGCCAAGUGACGCAACUCUGCACAGCGCCUUUGACGACUGGGCCACCCGUGACCCCCGUAAGUUUGAUGCUGUAUGCUCAUGGUUCCUAGGUGUAUGGACAUGUUGAAGACGCGCAACUGUUUGUUAAAGUGUGUAGUACUGUGUGAUUAAGCUGCAGUAAAUCAUAUGAAAAUGAUAACAUAGAAGUGAACGACACUAUUUAUAGGUCUCUUUAAUUGCAUAUCUGGCUUGUUUACAUUUGAUAAGUGUUAUGCAAGUGAAUGUGAAAAAAUUAUUGAUGUAUUAUCUGUGGUUUUAGCGCUAGCUACAGCUUGGGGCUUUAACUCGAAGAUAAUGUACACUGAAACAUCAUUUGUUCGUGAACGUUGAGCAUCUUCUACCAAGAACCAUGAGCAUCUGUAUAUUUAAGUAUCAAUGAGCAUAUUUCUCAAAAUCUUAGGGUGACCUUGUGGUGAUUCCAGGUGAGUUGGCAACUUGCCCAACUCAAUAAAUGAUCAAUAUAUCAUUCUAUUGCUGUCGUAAAAGGCAUAUCUGGCUUGUUUGCAUUUGAAAAUGUGAAUUAUAUAGUGAUGUAUUUAGAUCUUGGUGAUAGUAGAUACAAUGCUAGUAUACAUAUUGGACGGAUUAGUGUGUGUAUUAACUAAGAUAUUGAAAAGACAACCAUACGGUUUGUUUCUGAUUCAAGAAGAAUGAGUACACAUCUCCCUGAUACGGAUCCAUUUUCUACAUUCAGAAGGUAAUUAUUAUUGGCUGUUUUCAGUUAUUGAAUAUCGCAUUCCUCGUCAUUGUGGGUUAGUUUGAUUGAUAGAUAUGUUUAUUUGUUUGUUCCUUUCUUUCAUUUUCAAAAGAAAGUAGAAAUUGUGUGCAUACAACUUUCUUGUACUAAUGAGUGAGUGAGUGAGUUGGGUUUAACGCCGCUUUUAACAGUAUUCCAGUUAUAUCACGGCGUGUCAGCUUAAUGUGGGAGGAAAGCCCGAAGUGAUGCAGGUCUCAGAC